CAAUCCAUCCAGGCAAACUAGGUGCGUCUGUCUGUUGCCGGUAACUCUGCCAGUCAAGUGAAGCCCGCCCCCCAGGGCAGGGGAGGGGAGGGGGCGGGGAGGGCUGUGCCCCGCAGGAAUCAGCCGGCCUGAGCUCCCUCGGCGCCAGCUCCGCUCUGUCUGCCUCAUGUUCCCACAGGCUCCUGGGAGGUAGUGGGCAGUGUCGCGGGAGGUGCAGGUCCCUGCCCCGUGGCGCCAGAAGCCGCUGGAGGGGCACGUGGUGUUCGGCUCACUGGGAGGGGAAGCAAAGGAAAGAAGCUGUCCUUUCCCAAGGCGCUGCGGAGCUUCAGGGAGCCUUCUUCCCAGGUCCUCUGGGCCUUGAAUCACCUCUGGCUGUCAGAGGCAAAGGGGCAGCGCUGGCUCUCUGGGGGCCUGGCCGGGGACCCUUUUUCUAAACCCUCUGGAAGAUCUUUGCGCAUUGGGAGCUGAAUCCAGAGUGUGCGUGCAGGGCAGGACUCAGGCGCCUCUCCUGGGCAUCUCGAGGAGCUCCGUGGGCUUUGAGAGAGACUGCUCCAAGGCGAGGGCUUUUGGGAAGCUGCUGCGGAGCCCGGGUUUUGGAGGAGCCAGGCAUGUAUUUUCAGCUGCGCCUCAGCCCUGAAAUGUGACUGCGAUUGGCUAGCUUGGCAGAGGCCUCCAGUCUCUGGACCGAUAGCUUAGAAUAUGCUAAAAAGCCAAUGCUUCCCACGGGGCAUUGAAGGGCCAGCUGGUCUCAGUGACAGUGACCUGAAGCAAGGGAGUCAGAAGACAGAUGUAGAGAGCAAGAGGGACUUGCUCUCUCUCGAGGGGAUGACCUGGUUCGCCGAGGGCAGGCUCCUGCCACACCAUGGUCCCGGCCCUCUGAUGGAAUUCCGGUGAGGUCCUCCCCCCAGGGGAGCAAGUGGGACUGUGCAAGGGGCUUCCCGGUGACGGAGGACCCCCAGGGCCUGGCUGCCCCCACCCCAGUCCCUGCUAGGGAGCUGGAGGGACAUCACAGCCCCCGGGGCACGCUCCCUCGGCAACAUGAGGACUCUGAACACUUCCACCAUGGACGGGCCCGGGCUGGGGGCGAAGAGGGACUUCUCCUUCCGAGUCCUCACAGCCUGUUUCCUGUCGCUGCUCAUCCUGUCCACGCUCCUGGGGAACACACUAGUCUGUGCGGCCGUCAUCAGGUUCCGGCACCUGCGGUCCAAGGUGACCAACUUCUUCGUCAUCUCCUUGGCCGUCUCGGACCUCUUGGUGGCUGUCCUGGUCAUGCCCUGGAAAGCGGUGGCCGAGAUCGCCGGCUUCUGGCCCUUUGGGUCCUUCUGUAACAUCUGGGUGGCCUUUGACAUCAUGUGCUCCACCGCGUCCAUCCUCAACCUCUGUGUGAUCAGCGUGGACCGGUACUGGGCCAUCUCCAGCCCCUUCCGGUAUGAGAGGAAGAUGACCCCCAAGGCGGCCUUCAUCCUGAUCAGUGUGGCGUGGACUCUGUCCGUGCUCAUCUCCUUCAUCCCCGUGCAGCUCGGCUGGCACAAGGCGAAGCCCACGGGCCCCUCUGAGGGCAACGCCACGUCCCCGGGCGAGGCCGCGGACAACUGCGAUUCCAGCUUGAACAGGACCUAUGCCAUUUCGUCCUCCCUCAUCAGCUUCUACAUCCCCGUGGCCAUCAUGAUCGUCACCUACACCAGGAUCUACAGGAUCGCCCAGAAGCAGAUCCGGCGCAUCUCGGCCCUGGAGAGGGCGGCGGUGCACGCCAAGAACUGCCAGGCCACCCCGGGGAACGGAAGGCCCGCGGAGUGCUCGCAGCCGGAAAGCUCCUUCAAGAUGUCCUUCAAGAGAGAGACCAAGGUCCUGAAGACGCUGUCCGUGAUCAUGGGGGUGUUCGUGUGCUGCUGGCUCCCGUUCUUCGUCUUGAACUGCAUGGUGCCCUUCUGCGGGUCUGGGGAGACCCAGUCCUUCUGCAUCGACUCCAUUGCCUUCGAUGUCUUUGUGUGGUUCGGGUGGGCUAAUUCCUCCCUGAACCCCAUCAUUUAUGCCUUUAAUGCUGACUUCCGGAAGGCGUUCUCAACUCUCUUGGGGUGCCACAGACUGUGCCCGACGACGAACAAUGCCAUAGAGACCGUCAGCAUCAACAACAACGGGGCCGUGGUCAUCUCCAGCCAUCACGAGCCACGUGGCUCCAUCUCCAAGGACGGCAACCUGGUGUACCUGAUCCCACACACCGUGGACUCCUCCGGGGGCCUGAAGAAGGAGGAGGCAGGUGGAAGAGCCAAACCCUGGGAGAGGCCGUCCCCGGCCCUGUCCGUCAUUUUGGACUAUGACACUGAUGUCUCCCUGGGAAAGAUCCAGCCCGUCACCCAAAACGGACAGCACUCAACCUGAAGUCUGGGAUGAGUCCCCCCAGCCACGCUCAUCCCCGAAGCCAGAGGAGGUCUCUCUGGGGCUCGCUGUUAAGACACUGAGGUGAGACUCAGAGACGCCGGGUGAGCCCUCCUCUGCUGGUUUUCCUUCAGCACACGGCUGGCUGUGUUUCAGAACACACCCCGGUGUGUGUUUGGUGUUCUUCCUAGUGAGUCAAAGGGCACACGUGUGAAGCGAGUGGCCCCAGGGGACGUGUCCUGGGCUCCAGAGUUAUUUCUAGAAACUGAUUGUCAUCUUAGGACUUAAAAUAGGGCAAAGAAUCAACAAUGAUCAGCGUCACUGAAAAGCUAGUCCUUUCCGGGCAGGGAAGGAGAAGGGCUGGGUUUGCUGUGUACAAACAGGUGCUAACUCCGGCCCCGGCGCAGGUUUCAAGUUGUGAAGGCAGGUGCAUGCCUUCAUCAGUGCUUUCUAAGAGAAAACCGAGCCUUAUCGUGCGAAUGGGAUUUUUUUUUUUCAGAAUCAGGAGAUGUUUUGUGGAUAUUGGCUUUAUUUAUUGUAUCAUAUGGAUAUUUUAAACUGACUAGAAUAAAUCUAUAUUUAUCAUAUUUAAAAGUAGAAAAUAACGAGUUAUCUGAGACUUUGCCGUCACAUUUUUGCCCAUUUAACGAGCACUUUAUGAGCUGGUGAGACAGACCCACAGAUUCCCUGAGAUUCUGAACGCUCACGGGUCACUGCCAGAAGCACAGUGAAGACUGCUAGGAGUUGGAGUUGCGAUGACUCCUUUACUUUCUUCUUCACAAUAAAAGAUGAGGUGAGAGCUGACAAAUGCUGUGAAUGUUUUUUUUCCUAAACAAGUUGAAAGAUUUUUUAAAAAUAAAGCAUAGUUCCUAUUGGAUUCAGAAUUUUUUAAAUGAUCAAGCCAUUCCUAGGAGAGUAAUUUAUAGUUCUGUAAAUACCUUUUUAAAAAGCCAGCUUACGCAGAACCCAACUCGAAAUGUAUCAUCUUAGCUGGGAAUCAAAGGUGAGUACCACUUUGUAUUUAUGUAAAAUAACAGGCCCUCAAAUCUUUUCUUAUUCCACGGGUCAGAUAGCUUCUCCGGGUCAAAGGCUGGCUGUCCUGGUUCGAUCGGGGCGGUGAAGACAGUGGGUCUCCUUAACCACAGUCACCACAGUCUCACCAGGGACAGAGGUCGAAUCCUGUACCUGCACCUCACCAGGUCAAGCCCAGCCCAGGCUACUUUUUGUAGGACUUUCAUCUGAAUUUAGAGCUCUUUUUCUUUUUCUUUUUCAAGUCUAAAUGUGAAAGGUGUACUGACAGGUAGUGCCUCGUGGUCACCCUCUAGGAAGAUGCUGCUGUUGGAACAAACAGGGAGCCCCUCCCCUUCGGGUGAGUGAAGCAUCCCAGAACCAUCAGCAUCUCUUUUGACAAACGCCAGUCCUUUCUCUGUGCUUUGGCAUCACAUUCCUCUGUCGUCCUCAGGCCUGUAAAAAUUAUCCCCAUCACCCUUGAGAGCUACGAAUCCAGGUGGGGGCAUUCCAAGGGAACUUCUUUGACAAGCUGACAGAGUUUUCUUGGGGGGAAGCAGUUCUCUUAACCGGGUAGAUGGAAAGGGUAGCAGGAAAGCGAGCUGCCGAGAAUGACCUCCGGCAUCAGGUCUCUGUGAUGUAACGCAUCGUGAAUGUUUUCUUAAUGCUGCUGCCUGUAUGCUUUCUUACACACAAUAAAAUUAUUUUGUGAACGCAAAUCCACCCUG